AUGGCUCCCCUCACGUCAGAAGAGUAUAAGGUACUCGAACAAUCGCGACAACGCCUCGUUCAACUCACUCGCUCUCUGGGCUCUCUAGUAGCCAGUUUAGAACAGGGCGAUCCCCUCCCGCCAUGGUCCUCACUCCAAUCUCAAGCGAGUAUCAUCUCAAAUAACCUCAUCAGCGUCACCGAUCACCUCUCCGAUCACCGUGACCUUCUCUCCUCAAUUGUCGCAUACCCCGGUCCCGAGUACCCCGGCCGCACGCAAGAAAGCAUGCUUCAGCAACUCCUGCGCACCAAGCUCGACCCUCGAGUGGAAGACUGGGUCGCGCGCGGCCGCACUGCCGGUACUGAAUCUUCCCAGUCUUCACGCGGCUUUCCUGGCACGAUACCGAAUCCAAGUGGCCCCGCAACUACGAAACAGCUCAGCGAGUCAGAGCUAUCCGAGCUUUGGAAUUGGGCUCCCAUCGAGGCAAACCAGGAAGCCUUGCAACGGAAUUGGGGUGGCAAUUACACGUUGGAAGAGCGCGAGGCGGGGAUACAAAAUGUUGUGACGGGGUUACGGAGACAACUGGAGGAUGACGAUGCUAGUGAGGAUGAGGAAGAAGGUGACGAGGACGAAGGUGAAGAUGAGAUGGAUGUUGUAGGUGUGCAUCGCAAGUCCGGGGGUGGUCUUGAGUUUGAGAUUGCGCCGCACCACCCUCAUGCAGUCACGCCUGUUGUCCCGCUGGAUAAGAUUCUUCGCUACAUGACGACAGGACACAUGCCGUGA